AUGUCGAGGAGGUCGGGGAGGCCUCAGCUGAUCCUCAGCCCAUCCUGGCCGAAGGCGGCCAGUCGGUCCACAGGUGCCAGCGACUCAGUCGGCACGAGUCAGUCGGCACAGGUGUCUCUCCAAAUGGCCCACAAGAACGCCUCCGUUUCCAGGUCAAAAAAGAAAGAGUUAACAGACUCCUUUGCAAAUGCUUUGUGGUGCUUGAGGAAGAACAAGGUGUUGCCCAUCACGGGUCUGCUGCACUGUGACUGCUGGGCAGGGGUGGUUUCCAUGAGCAUUACGAUACACACUACGCAUGUCAAAAGUCAGAUUUGCAGAGGACAAACCCCUCAAAUAUUUGUCUGUGUGCUUCUGCUGGUGCCUCUUUGCAGCCUGCUCGUUGUUUCCCCAGCACCCUGCUGGUGGAGCAGUUCAUGUUCUGCCCAGUUGAUGUUUAGUGCGACAGAUGUUCUUGAAGUAACGAAAUGUAAUAAAACUGUCAUUUUACCUUGCUAUGUGACUAAUCUAAAGGAGAACAAUUCAAGUGUCAUGUUUGUUACGUGGAAAAAACAAAGAAAAACAAUUUUUUCUUUUGAUGGAGAAAAACAACAGUUUGUCAGAGAUCCAGCAGUUCCAUCAGCUAACUUAUUAUCUCAGAAGGACUUACCCAAGGGUGUUGCCUCUCUGAUACUUAACAGUGCAGAAGCAGAUGCUGGAAAUUACAGUUGUGAAGUAACAGAAUCGAACAGAGAAGGAGAAACAACAGUUGAACUUCGAAAGCCCUCGGUUGUCAGUUGCGACGAGGAAAGUACCCCAACACCAAAGGAAAAAUGUGGAUCAUGGUUUCUUCUAAUGGAAAGGGCUAUCAUCAUAGUGUUGCUGUUCUUAGUUAUUAUUUUCUGUUCGGCUCAGUUAAGUGUUAUUGCAUUAAAAUAUGGAACUUUACCUCAGAAGAAAAUGGGCAUUGUUGUAGCAGGUAUCACCAUCACACUUGCUGCUGUUGUAGGCACUGUUCUUUUUGUCCAGGAUGGCUAUAAUGUACAGAAUCAAGCUGGUCUUGGCCUAAUUGUAGUCCCUGCUCUGAUUUUGGUACCGCUUCAGUACUUUAUGUUUGGAUAUGUUUUCGAUAGUCUACCACAAGCAACCUUUGUUCUGAUAGGUUUGCAAAUUCUUGGCUAUAUAAUUGCUGUGAUUGGUUUUGCACUGUGUGUCUCAGCCUGUCCUCCAUUACACGGGUCUGUUGUGAUUGCUGGCUUAGCUAUUAUGGCUAUUGCAAAUUUGCUUAGUCUGGCUUACGUGUUUAUUAUGGGUUCCAGCAUGAAAGAUCAUCCUCGUCCAGGGAAAGCUGUAGAAGAACCACUAAAUGAACUGAAGAGCGAUGUGGUAUGUGAAAAGUACACCGUUGUUGAUACACCGUGGCCUUGAAGAUGCACUACUCAAAGAGAAGAAAUUCAGGAAACUAGUUGUUCUGCAUGUGUGGCAAAAGUGCUUUUGAUAUAAAUGAUGUAAUUUUAUAGUCACGGCAGCUGUAUCGAGAAAUGUGUGUUUGCCCACAUGUGAUCUUUAUUUUCUUUUGCUAUGGUACGUAUGGGAUGGUUGAGGGUGAGAAGAUGAGAAGCGCUGUUUGCCCACUACAGGGUGUCCCUGCAGUAAUCCUUAGUGGUAUUAUUUUCAAAAGCUGUCAUUAGUCACUGCUUUGAUAACGGGCCUGACUGAGCCCAAAGAUUGCAAUACCAUUUAGACUAUUGUUUUCUUUAUUUGUGUGCAUGGGCAAGGUAUGGUCGUACGUCUAUGAUACAAGCAGGAAGUAGAGAUUGUACAAAUACAUCUUUUCUGACAUUCAGCAAGACUUUUAUAAAAAA